AUGUCAGUGGACAUUGACUGGAACACGAUCACAUCUGGUCCCGAUGGGGCUGCGCUUGCUGAGAAGAUUCGAGAUUUUAUGCACCAGAAAUUCCAACAAGUGACCUUGCCUCGAUUCAUCAAUUCAGUUCAUGUUCAUUCCUUCGAUUUCGGAAGUACCUGCCCGGAGAUUGAGAUAAAAGACGUGUGUGACCCAAUGCCCGACUUCUACGAGGAUGAGGAUGAGGAUGAGGACGAGGACGAGGACGAGAACGAAGACCAAAGUCUCCGGGCCCAAGAGAGCCCCGGAGACUUCGCCUCAGCCUCAGCCUCCGCAAUUAACCCCAGUGGUGACUUCGACUCUGUCGAAGCGGAUCCGACACUUCGAGGAAGAUCACAUCCACGACCGCAGCUUGCAAAUGUUACGACGAGAGCUGAUUCUGCUGCCCAUGCACUAUCACCGACUGCGAGAGACCACCAUGGCAUAAGCGCUGACCCAAUAUCCGGCCCGUUCCCUAGAAGCACCACCCCUGGCAUACCUGGGGGCACCUCGAACUUGAGCUAUUUCCACUUUCCUGCUGGUGGCUUAUCUGGAGCACAGACACCUCUAGCUGCUGUUGCAAGUGGAUCACCCUUUACUCCCCGACCAUGGCCCUACGAUUUUGGGCAUGGUAAUAUGCACACAGUACAAGGGAAUAGACCUACAGGUGCCGGAAAGGCCGAACGAUCCAUUACCUCUCGUGACGAUCCCUCAACCAGACCUUCGACCGCAACUAGCAUAUCAUCGCCUCGUAAUUCAGAUUCAGGACUGCCCUCACCUCAAUUUGGUUAUGUCUUACAUGGCCAGGGAAUCAAUGGCGCCGAGCAUGGCCUUGACGCAGACACCCCGCUCUCGCCCUUGGGAAUUCACAGUAGGCAACCGUCGGAUCUGCAAGUUGUUACGAGGGUCAAGUAUUCUGGAGACGUGCGUAUGACCCUCACAGCAGAAAUUCUGCUCGAUUACCCAAUGCCAAGUUUCGUUGGAAUACCUCUCAAGCUAGCCAUCACAGGCAUGACAUUUGAUGGGGUGGCCAUUAUUGCUUUCAUCAAGAAGAAGAUGCACUUUUGCUUCCUUGAUCCAGAAGAUGCAACUGCCCUUCUUGGUGAGGCUCCCGUAGACGUCCGGAAGGACAAGGGCUCCAAGGAUGGCUUCAAGGCUGCCUCUGCAGGACUGCUGCAGGAGAUCCACGUUGAGAGUGAGAUUGGUAGGCAGGAGGAUGGCAAACAGGUUCUCAAAAACGUUGGGAAAGUAGAGAAAUUCGUUCUUGAACAGGUCAGAAAGAUCUUCGAAGAAGAAUUUGUCUUUCCCAGCUAUUGGACUUUCCUGGUCUAG